AUGGUCAACCCCAGCUCCAACUCCAGCUCCAACCCCGUGUCUACCACUAACACCACUCUCGCUCCCCUGAUCGCCCAGGCAAAUGUCAUUGCCACCCAGGCCCGCUCUCGUCAGGACUACUGGGCCAAUUUCGCCAUCCGCUCAGAGGCCAACCUGUCCAGAUUCGAUAUUGCCAAGCGUCUUCUCGUCAGCGACUCUGAAUUCGCCCUCAAGCUGCUCGAGCUGGCUGUUGAAGUUGCCGAGAAAGUCGAGAUUGACCGUGAGGAAUUGGUCAAGGAGAAGGAUGUGCAGAUGGAGGAGUUGAAGGGCGUCAAGGAGGACAUUGGAAUGUUCGAGAGAAAACUUGCUGACAAGGUGAACAUCAGUGUCUACGAGCAGAAGAAGGCCCUUGACAAGGCCACCGCUACCUUUGAGUACCACGCCAACGCCUUCGCCAGCAAGGCUAUGGGUAUCAUCAACCCCCAGGAGGAGCGCUUCGAUGAAGUGGUCGCUCGCAACUAUGAGCUCGAGCAGAAGCUCGAAGUUCUCGAGAGCCAGGCUGCUGCUGUUCAGAAGAUGAAGGAGGACAUGGAGAAGGAGCUCGAGGGAUAGAUGCUCUCGCUCCAAACAUCUUCACGUUACACUAUUGACGUAAUUCAAGAACGGGGCGUCGAGACGACGAGUGACUGCUGGUUCUGUCACUUCUUCACCGUCGACAAGGAAAGAGCGCAGGUAAACAAAAGGAGCAGUGAGGGCCGAUCGAUACUUCUCUAUCAAAUUGAAAUUACUUCUGCCCCUUGAACAAAUUGAAAUAAGUGAUUGUGCUU